AUGGCAGGUGACCCCUCGAAACGUAAUCAGAAUCUAUAUUGCGUGUACCACCAAGAGCCAGGUCACACCACCGAUGAUUGCAGGAAUCUGAAAAAUCAUUUGGACUGGCUUGUCCGAGAAGGGAAGUUGAGGCACCUGUUACAUCACCCUGAAGGAUGGCAGGAACAGUCGAAUAUCGAAACCAGACAAAGUACAUUGAGGCCACCCAUUGGCACCAUAAAUGUCAUUCUUGUCGCACCUGGAAGGACCGGUUCCAGCACUUUCAGAGUAAUGUCAGUGGGCAGGUUCCCGACUGAGCCGGACGACAGGGAAUCCAAGAGAGCCAGAAUAAUUGCCACGCCCUUAAUCGGGUUCUCGGAUGUGGACAAACAAGGAACCCUUCAACCCCACGAUGAUGCCCUAGUCGUCACGCUCAGAAUUGGAGGUUAUGACGUGAAAAGAGUGCUGGUUGAUCAAGGCAGCGCCGUGGAAGUAAUGUAUCCUGACUUAUAUAAAGGAUUGAACUUGAAACCAGAGGACCUGUCGCCAUAUGACUCCCCUUUGGUCAGUUUUGAAGGAAGAACCGUCACCCCGAAAGGCAUGAUUAGGCUGCCUGUACAAACAGGCUUAGACGUGGUGGAAGUGAACUUCAUUGUGGUAGAUGCGUACUCCCCCUACACAGCAAUCGUGGCCCGACCAUGGCUUCAUGCACUAAGGGCUGUGCCAUCAACCUUGCACCAAAAAGUGAAGUAUCUGUCAGGAGGUCAAGUCAAAGAAAUAAUAGGGAACCAAACCAGGGCCAGGCAAUGCAUGGUGUCUGCAAUCUCACGAUGA